CAUCGCCGGGGCGGGGCCCGGGAAGGCCAGCCCCGGGGCGGGGCCUCGGCCUCUGCGCCGUGGCGCGGGGUCCCUGCUCUUGCUCCCCAACUAGCCCUCCAUGCGGGGCCCGGGGCGCGGUGUCCUGCGCUCGCAGGUCCGGGCUCACGACUCGCUCCGCUGCAGAAGUGCCUGCGUCUGGACCCAACCGCGCCCGUGUGGGCCGCCAAGCAGCGUGUGCUCUGCGCCCUCAACCACAGCCUUCAGGACGCGCUCAACUACGGGCUAUUCCAGCCGCCCUCCCGGGGUCGCGCCGGCAAGUUCCUGGAUGAAGAGCGGCUCUUACAGGACUACCCGCCUAACCUGGACACGCCCCUGCCCUAUCUGGAGUUUCGAUACAAGCGGAGGGUUUAUGCCCAGAACCUCAUCGAUGACAAGCAGUUUUCAAAGCUGCACACAAAGGCCAACCUGAAGAAGUUCAUGGACUAUGUCCAGCUACACAGCACAGACAAGGUGGCCCGCCUGCUGGACAAGGGGCUGGACCCCAAUUUCCAUGACCCUGACUCAGGAGAGUGCCCUCUGAGCCUUGCGGCACAGUUGGACAACGCCACUGACCUCCUGAAGGUUCUUCGCAAUGGCGGUGCUCACCUGGACUUCCGAACCCGAGAUGGGCUCACAGCCGUCCACUGUGCCACCCGCCAGCGGAAUGCAGGGGCAUUGACGACCCUGCUGGACCUGGGGGCUUCACCUGACUACAAGGACAGCCGCGGCCUGACGCCCCUGUACCAUAGUGCCCUAGGGGGCGGGGAUGCCCUCUGCUGCGAGCUGCUUCUCCAUGAUCACGCACAGCUGGGGACCACUGAUGAAAAUGGCUGGCAAGAAAUCCAUCAGGCCUGCCGCUUUGGACACGUGCAGCACUUGGAGCACUUGCUCUUCUAUGGGGCCAACAUGGGUGCCCAGAAUGCCUCGGGAAACACAGCCUUGCACAUCUGUGCCCUCUACAACCAGGAGAGCUGUGCUCGUGUCCUGCUUUUCCGUGGUGCCAACAAGGACGUCCGCAAUUACAACAGCCAGACAGCCUUCCAGGUGGCCAUCAUUGCAGGGAACUUUGAGCUCGCUGAGGUAAUCAAGACCCACAAAGACUCGGAUGUCGUGCCAUUCAGGGAGACCCCCAGCUAUGCAAAGCGGCGACGUCUGGCGGGCCCGAGUGGCUUGGCAUCCCCUCGGCCCUUACAGCGCUCCGCCAGCGAUAUUAACCUGAAAGGUGAAGCGCAGCCGGCAGCUUCUCCCGGGCCCACUCUCCGAAGCCUCCCUCAUCAACUGCUGCUUCAGCGGCUUCAGGAGGAGAAAGAUCGGGACAGGGAUGGUGAGCCGGAAAACGACAUCAGUGGCCCCGCGGCAGGCAGGGGUAGCCACAAGAUCAGGUUCUGGCCCCGGCACCACAGUGGAGCCUACAAGGGCAAAUUUGAAGUGGAGUCAGGCGAGAUCCCGCUGCACCGCGGCGAGGCCGUGAAGGUGCUCAGCAUUGGGGAGGGCGGAUUCUGGGAGGGAACCGUGAAGGGCCGCACUGGCUGGUUCCCAGCUGACUGUGUGGAGGAAGUGCAGAUGCGACAGUAUGAUACACGGCAUGAAACCCGAGAGGACCGGACGAAGCGCCUCUUCCGCCACUACACUGUGGGUUCCUAUGACAGCCUCACUUCACACAGUGAUUACGUCAUUGAUGACAAGGUGGCCAUCCUGCAGAAACGGGACCAUGAGGGUUUUGGCUUCGUUCUCCGGGGAGCCAAAGCAGAGACCCCCAUUGAGGAGUUUACACCCACACCUGCCUUCCCUGCACUCCAGUACCUUGAGUCUGUAGAUGUGGAAGGUGUGGCCUGGAGGGCUGGGCUUCGAACUGGGGACUUCCUCAUUGAGGUGAACGGAGUGAAUGUCGUGAAGGUGGGACACAAGCAAGUAGUGGGUCUCAUCCGCCAGGGUGGCAACCGCCUGGUCAUGAAAGUGGUGUCCGUGACCAGGAAACCGGAAGAGGAUGGUGCCCGGCGCAGAGCCCCACCGCCCCCCAAGAGGGCCCCCAGCACCACGCUGACCCUGCGCUCCAAGUCCAUGACGGCCGAGCUGGAGGAACUUGCUUCCAUUCGGAGAAGGAAAGGGGAAAAGCUGGAUGAGAUCCUGGCAGUUGCCGCAGAACCGACCCUGAGGCCAGACAUUGCAGAUGCUGACUCCAGGGCAGCCACGGUCAAGCAGCGGCCCACCAGCCGGAGGAUUACCCCUGCCGAGAUCAGCUCAUUGUUUGAGCGCCAGGGCCUCCCGGGCCCAGAGAAGCUGCCGGGCUCUCUGCGGAAGGGGAUUCCACGGACCAAAUCUGUAGGGGAGGAUGAGAAGUUGGCAUCCCUACUGGAAGGGCGCUUCCCACGCAGCACAUCAAUGCAGGACACGGUGCGUGAAGGUCGUGGCAUUCCGCCCCCGCCGCAGACCGCCCCACCACCCCCACCCGCGCCCUACUACUUCGACUCCGGGCCACCUCCCACAUUCUCACCGCCACCGCCGCCGGGCCGGGCCUACGACACUGUGCGCUCCAGCUUCAAGCCAGGCCUGGAGGCUCGCCUGGGUGCGGGGGCCGCUGGUCUGUACGAUUCUGGAGGGCCUCUGGGCCCGCUGCCCUACCCGGAGCGUCAGAAGCGCGCACGCUCCAUGAUCAUCUUGCAGGACUCUGCGCCAGAGGUGGGCGACGUCCCCCGGCCCGUGCCUGCAGCUACACCGCCUGAGCGCCCCAAGCGCCGGCCUCGGCCGUCUGGCCCUGAUAGCCCCUAUGCCAACCUGGGCGCCUUCAGUGCCAGCCUCUUUGCUCCAUCGAAACCCCAGCGCCGCAAGAGCCCGCUGGUGAAGCAGCUUCAGGUGGAGGAUGCUCAGGAGCGCGCGGCCCUGGCCGUGGGUAGCCCGGGCCCAGUGGGCGGAAGCUUUGCACGAGAACCCUCCCCAACGCACCGCGGGCCCCGGCCGGGUGGCCUUGAUUACGGCUCUGGAGAAGGCCUGGGGCUCACGUUUGGCGGCCCUGGCCCCGGCCCCGGCAAGGAGCGGCGCCUGGAGGAGCGACGCCGGUCCACUGUGUUCCUGUCUGUGGGUGCCAUCGAGGGCAGCCCUCCCAGCGCAGAUCUGCCAUCCCUGCAGCCCUCCCGCUCCAUUGAUGAGCGCCUCCUGGGGACAGGCGCCCCCACUGGCCGCGAUUUGCUGCUCCCCUCCCCUGUCUCUGCUCUGAAGCCAUUGGUCAGUGGCCCCAGCCUUGGGCCCUCAGGCUCCACCUUCAUCCACCCUCUCACUGGCAAACCCUUGGAUCCUAGCUCACCCCUAGCCCUUGCUCUGGCUGCCCGAGAGCGGGCUCUGGCCUCGCAGACACCUUCCCGGUCCCCCACACCUGUGCACAGCCCUGAUGCUGACCGCCCUGGACCCCUCUUUGUGGAUGUGCAGACCCGAGACUCCGAGCGAGGGCCGAUGGCUUCACCAGCCUUCUCUCCUCGGAGCCCAGCCUGGAUUCCCGUGCCUGCUCGAAGAGAGGCCGAGAAGCCACCUCGGGAAGAGCGGAAGUCACCAGAGGACAAGAAAUCCAUGAUCCUCAGCGUCUUGGACACGUCCUUGCAGCGGCCAGCUGGUCUCAUUGUUGUGCACGCCACCAGCAAUGGACAGGAGCCCAACAGGCUGGGGGCUGAAGAGGAGCGCCCGGGUACCCCGGAGCUGGCCCCAGCCCCCAUGCAGGCAACGGCUGUGGCAGAGCCUAUGCCAAGUCCCCGGGCCCAGCCCCAGCCCCCUGGCAGCAUCCCCGCCGAUCCCGGGCCAGGCCAAGGUAGCUCAGAGGAGGAGCCGGAGCUGGUAUUUGCUGUGAACCUGCCACCUGCUCAGCUGUCCUCCAGUGAUGAAGAAACUAGGGAGGAGCUGGCCCGCAUUGGGCUCGUGCCACCCCCUGAAGAGUUUGCCAAUGGGAUCCUGCUGGCCACCCCACCCCCUGGACCGGGCCCCUUGCCCACCACGGUACCCAGCCCGGCCUCAGGGAAGCCCAGCAGUGAGCUGCCCCCUGCCCCGGAGUCUGCAGCGGACUCUGGAGUAGAGGAGGCGGACACUCGAAGCUCCAGUGACCCCCACCUGGAGACCACAAGCACCAUUUCCACAGUGUCCAGCAUGUCCACCCUGAGCUCGGAGAGUGGGGAACUCACCGACACCCACACCUCCUUUGCCGACGGGCACACUUUUGUACUCGAGAAGCCUCCAGUGCCUCCCAAGCCCAAGCUCAAGUCCCCGCUGGGGAAGGGGCCGGUGACCUUCCGGGACCCGCUGCUGAAGCAAUCCUCGGACAGUGAGCUCAUGGCCCAGCAGCACCACGCUGCCUCUACCGGGCUGGCUUCUGCUGCUGGGCCCGCCCGCCCUCGCUACCUCUUCCAGAGAAGGUCCAAGCUGUGGGGGGACCCCGUGGAGAGUCGGGGGCUCCCGGGGCCUGAAGACGACAAGCCAACUGUGAUCAGUGAGCUCAGCUCCCGCCUGCAGCAGCUGAACAAAGACACGCGCUCCCUGGGGGAGGAACCAGUUGGUGGCCUGGGCAGCCUGCUGGACCCUGCUAAGAAGUCGCCCAUUGCAGCAGCUCGGCUCUUCAGCAGCCUCGGUGAGCUGAGCAACAUCUCAGCGCAGCGCAGCCCCGGGGGCCCGGGCGGAGGGGCCUCCUACUCGGUGCGGCCCAGCGGCCGGUACCCCGUGGCGAGAAGAGCUCCCAGCCCAGUGAAGCCCGCGUCGCUGGAGCGGGUGGAGGGGCUAGGGGCGGGCGUGGGAGGCGUGGGGCGGCCCUUCGGCCUCACGCCUCCCACCAUCCUCAAGUCGUCCAGCCUCUCCAUCCCGCACGAACCCAAGGAAGUGCGCUUCGUGGUGCGAAGUGUGAGUGCGCGCAGCCGCUCCCCCUCGCCAUCUCCGCUGCCCUCGCCUUCUCCCGGCUCUGGCCCCAGUGCCGGCCCGCGGAGGCCAUUCCAGCAGAAGCCCCUGCAGCUCUGGAGCAAGUUCGAUGUGGGCGACUGGUUGGAGAGCAUCCACUUAGGCGAGCACCGAGACCGCUUCGAGGACCAUGAGAUCGAAGGCGCACACCUGCCCGCGCUCACCAAGGACGACUUCGUGGAGCUGGGCGUCACACGCGUUGGCCACCGCAUGAACAUCGAGCGUGCGCUCAGGCAGCUGGAUGGCAGCUGACGUCCCACUCCCUCUCCCGUUCCUGCUGCGCCCUGCCGGCAGGGCCCCCAACCCCUACUCCAGGCCGCAGGCUCGGCUCGCCCCCUACCACGGCGCCCGGGCCAGGAAUGUUGCAUGAAUCGUCCUGUUUGCUGUUGCUUGGAGACUUGCCCUGUACAUUGCUUAGUGCCCUCCCCUGCCGCUGAACCCCACCCAGCACACAGUAAGGGCGCGGACCAGGGGGGCUGGGUGGAAGGGGGUUAGGGCAGGGUGCUCUGGCCUGACCACCUCCUUCACAGCUCCUGGUGGCCAUUCUCCCGGAGGGGGAACCUAGUCCAGCAUGCGAGGUCAGGACACGCCUUGGUGACUGGGGGGAGGGGGGAGACAUUGGGGUUCUCGAUGGGGGCCAAGGAGCCCCCUGUUUUACAUAUUUUAAUCCACUCUAUAUUUGGAACGAGAAAAGGAACAAAUAUCUCUGUCCGUAACAGUUCUCACCCUCUUGCCCUCUAGUCCUCUCGCUGGUCCCGCCACAGCUGCCCAGUCUUCCAUCUCCGGCCCCUCACUGCCACCCCAUACAGGGCAGGGGACACUCCAGCUGGCCUGGGGUUAGCCAGGGUCCUGGCAGCCCACCCUGGGGACCCCGGCUCAGCCCCCCUUCCCUCGCUGAGCUAUAGUCUGCCCCACCCACCCUUUAGGUGCUGCUCGGGGGGAGGGUGGCAGGCAUUGCCUGCUGGGCACUAGCAGGGCCAGGUGGCCUGGGAGAUUAUUGCCCUGGGGCUGGGCCCCCGGUAUCCCAACCCCAGCCAUCAUUUCACAGGGUCUCUCCCAAAGGAGGGGUCUAACCUUCCCACUUCUUGGGCAACUACAGCAGAGAAGCCUCCCUGCCUCGCACCCCAAAGACUCCCCGUUCCUGCCCUGUGUGUGUGCCACAUUAUGUGUGUGCACGCCUGUGUGCUUGUGAAAACUGGGUGUGGCUGAGCGCAUGGGUGCCCUGUGUGUGCCUGGUUGUGGAGUGGUCCCCGGGGCGGGGGGGGCUGUUCUGGAUGGGUGGGAGGUUAUGGAAGCUUGCACAGGGUGCAUGCUUGGGUGUGUACCCCUGAAAGUGCCCUGUCUUCUCCAAAGAAAGGCUGCUCUUGGGUCGUGCUGUCUUCUCAGCCUGUUCUCCCUGAGCCUCUCCCAGCUUAAGCAGGGUUUCUUGGUGAAUCCUUUCAGCUUCAGGAGGCCUCGAGGGCCCCCCUGCAGACAGCGCCCCCUUUGGGCUUCUAAAGGGAUUGUGGGGACCACUAAAAAAAAAAAUCAGGCCACAACAGCCCUUGGAGAGAGGCGAAGACUCCUGAGGGUACCCUGGCCCCCCUACUGUGACUCCUCACACUCAGCAAUGACCUGUGGGGUGGGGGGCCCUGGGGCAUUUUUAAACAUAGGGUUUGGAGUCUGGACUAAGCUCCAUCCACGUCACUCACAAGUUUCUGUUUCUAUUUCUAGCUUUUUUUAAUAAAAAAAAAAUAAAAAAGACAGAAAACAGAGGUUUUCAUGGCCCAGGGGCUCGGCACGCCGGUCUGUGCAGGCCCACCUGCCCCGUUCCCUAGACAGAGUCACACCCACUAACCCUCUCACCAACAGACCAGGUCACACACACACACACACACACACACACAGCAGCAGCAGUCACUGUAACAGACUGCCACAUACGACACAGUCUCACAUUUACCUGUGGGUUUUUGGUUCUGUUCAAUUUGGGUUUUUAACUUGACAGGGUCAGUUCUGCUUCAUCCUUCCUUUUGUAUGGAGUUCCAUCUGGGGGCUUUCACCCCCCUGCUCCAGUCCUGAGGCCUCCUGACCCUGACGUUGUGAUACACCCCACAGAGAUCUAUGUUUCUUAUAUUAUUAUUAUUAAUAAUAAUUAUUAUAAUAUUAUGUAAUAAAUUUAUAAGAAAUGAAA